AUGAAGUUCCUAUGGCUGUUACUGGUGGUGGCUAGCACCGCCUACGGUGACGAUGACGACAAGAGGGAGAAUGUCGGCACUGUCAUUGGUAUCGACUUAGGCACCACCUACUCAUGCGUUGGCGUCUUCAAGAAUGGCCGCGUCGAGAUCAUCGCCAAUGACCAAGGCAACCGCAUCACCCCAUCCUAUGUGGCAUUCACCAGCGAGGGCGAGCGUCUAAUCGGUGAUGCUGCAAAGAACCAGUUGACCUCCAACCCCGAAAACACUGUGUUUGACGCCAAGAGGUUGAUUGGUCGCACAUGGGCCGACUCAUCCGUGCAACAAGACAUCAAAUACCUGCCCUUCCAGGUGAAUGACAAGAAGAGCAAGCCCCACAUUCAAGUUGAUAUUGGCGGUGGUCAGAUGAAAACCUUUGCCCCCGAGGAGAUAUCUGCUAUGGUGCUGACCAAGAUGAAGGAGACAGCUGAGGCAUACCUGGGCAAGAAGGUCACUCAUGCCGUGGUCACUGUUCCUGCCUACUUCAAUGACGCCCAGCGCCAAGCCACUAAAGAUGCCGGUACCAUUGCUGGGCUUAAUGUGAUGAGAAUCAUUAAUGAGCCAACCGCUGCCGCCAUUGCCUAUGGCUUGGACAAGAAGGAUGGCGAGAAGAACAUCCUAGUAUUCGACCUGGGUGGUGGCACCUUCGACGUUUCUCUGCUGACCAUUGAUAACGGCGUGUUUGAGGUGGUGGCCACCAACGGCGACACUCACUUGGGAGGCGAGGACUUCGAUCAACGUGUCAUGGAGCACUUCAUCAAGCUUUACAAGAAGAAGACAGGCAAGGACGUGCGCAAGGACAACCGUGCCGUGCAGAAGCUGCGUCGCGAAGUGGAGAAGGCCAAGCGGGCGCUGUCUGCCCAACACCAGGCCCGCAUCGAGAUCGAGUCCUUCUUUGAGGGCGAGGACUUCUCCGAAACAUUGACCCGUGCCAAGUUUGAGGAGCUCAACAUGGAUCUGUUCCGUUCCACCAUGAAACCCGUGCAAAAAGUGCUGGAGGACUCUGACCUGAAGAAGUCCGACAUUGACGAGAUCGUUUUGGUUGGCGGCUCGACACGUAUCCCCAAAAUCCAGCAGUUAGUGAAGGAGUUCUUCAAUGGCAAGGAGCCCUCCAGAGGCAUCAACCCUGACGAGGCCGUUGCUUACGGUGCCGCCGUACAAGCUGGCGUGCUCUCAGGAGAAGAGGACACCGGUGAUGUGGUUCUGCUGGAUGUGUGCCCUCUUACUCUUGGUAUUGAGACAGUGGGAGGAGUCAUGACCAAGCUGAUCCCCAGAAACACUGUGGUGCCCACUAAGAAGUCUCAGAUCUUCUCCACGGCUUCUGACAACCAGCCUACUGUCACCAUCAAGGUCUACGAAGGUGAGCGUCCUCUGACAAAGGACAACCACCUGCUGGGAACCUUUGACCUGACGGGCAUCCCCCCUGCCCCACGCGGCGUGCCCCAGAUUGAGGUCACCUUUGAAAUUGACGUCAACGGUAUCCUCCGUGUCACGGCCGAAGACAAAGGAACGGGUAACAAGAACAAGAUCACCAUCACUAACGACCAGAACCGCUUAACGCCCGAAGACAUCGAGCGCAUGGUUAACGAUGCAGAGCGUUUCGCCGACGAGGACAAGAAGCUAAAGGAGCGCAUCGACGCCCGCAACGAGCUGGAAAGCUAUGCCUACUCCCUGAAGAACCAGAUUGGGGACAAGGAGAAGCUUGGCGGUAAGCUGUCGGAUGAAGACAAGGAGACCAUCGAGAAGGCGGUGGAGGAGAAGAUUGAGUGGAUGGAGUCACACCAGGAAGCCGAUUUGGAGGACUUCCAGGCCAAGAAGAAGGAGCUAGAAGAGGUAGUGCAACCAAUCAUCACAAAGCUCUACGGCAGCGCGGGCGGCCCGCCACCAGAGGGCGCUGAAGAGAAGGAUGAGUUGUAG